AUGUAUAAAAGCAGACUGUUUUCACUCUUGGGAAGUUAUUCUUGUUUGUCUUCUUCAGUACUUUUAUAUAAUUUUUUUUUACUAAUAAACCAAAAGCAAUCUCUUACUUACAAAAGUUCAAUAACAAUGUCUGAAGUUGCUGAAAACAUUGCUUCACCAGAGGUCCCUCAAACCUCAGGUUCUCAAUCUGUCUUAUCAGAUAACUCUGUUAAGGCUGAAAACGAAAGUUUCAAAGAAAACAGCGAAGAUGCCAACGAAGUUGUCGUCGAAAUUCCAAAGAAGCCUGCCUCUGCCUACGUAACCAUCUCCAUUUUCUGUUGUAUGAUCGGUUUCGGUGGUUUCAUUUCCGGUUGGGAUACUGGUACCAUUGGUGGUUUCUUGGCCCAUCCAGAUUAUUUAAGAAGAUUUGGUCAACAUCACAAAAAUGGUACUCAUUAUUUCUCUAACGUUAGAACCGGUUUAGUCGUUUCUAUCUUUAACAUUGGUGGUUUAUUCGGUUGUUUGAUUCUUGGUGACUUGGCUAACAGAAUUGGUCGUAAGAUGGCCUUGGUUGCUGUCGUUGUCAUUUUCAUGGUUGGUAUCAUUAUUCAAAUCGCUUCCAUUGACAAAUGGUACCAAUAUUUCAUUGGUAGAAUUAUCUCCGGUUUAGGUGUUGGUGCUAUCUCCAUUUUCUCUCCAAUGUUGCUAUCUGAAGUUGCUCCAAAGCAUUUAAGAGGUACUUUAGGUUCCAUGUAUCAAUUAAUGGUUACUGCUGGUAUUUUCUUAGGUGAUUGUACUAACUACGGUACCAAGAAUUACGAUAACUCUGUCCAAUGGAGAGUCCCAUUAGGUCUAUCCUUUGCUUGGUGUUUGUUUAUGAUCGCUGCCAUGUUCUUCGUCCCAGAAUCUCCACGUUACUUGGUCGAAGUUGGUAAGAUUGAAGAAGCUAAGAGAUCUAUUGCUACUUCUAACAAGGUUUCCAUGGACGAUCCAGCUGUUCAAGCCGAAGUUGAUUUGAUUAGCUCCGGUGUUGAAGCUGAAAGAUUAGCUGGUAAUGCCUCAUGGGGUGAAUUAUUCUCCACCAAGGGUAAGAACAUUCAAAGAUUAUUCAUGUGUUGUAUGCUACAAUGUCUACAACAAUUGACUGGUUGUAACUAUUUCUUCUACUAUGGUACUGUUAUUUUCCAAGCUGUCGGUAUGAAGGAUUCUUACCAAACUGCAAUUGUCUUCGGUAUUGUUAAUUUUGCCUCCACUUUUGUCGCUUUAUAUGUCGUUGAUCGUUUCGGUCGUCGUAAGUGUUUAAUGUGGGGUGCCGCUGCAAUGGUCUGUUGUUAUGUUGUCUACGCCUCUGUUGGUGUUACUCGUCUAUAUCCAGAUGGUAUUAAGCAUAAGGAUACUAACUCCUCCAAGGGUGCUGGUAACUGUAUGAUUUGUUUCUCAUGUUUCUUUAUUUUCUCCUUUGCUUGUACCUGGGCUCCAAUUUGUUGGGUUGUCGUUUCUGAAUCCUUCCCAUUGAGAAUUAAGCCAAAGGGUAUGGCUUUAGCUAAUGGUUGUAACUGGUUCUGGAAUUUCUUAAUUUCUUUCUUCACUCCAUUUAUCACUGGUGCUAUUAACUUCUACUACGGUUACGUCUUCAUGGGCUGUAUGGUCUUUGCUUACUUCUACGUCUUCUUCUUCGUUCCAGAAAUGAAGGGUUUGACUUUAGAAGAAGUUAACGAAUUAUGGGAAGAUGGUGUCUUACCAUGGAAAUCACCAGACUGGGUUCCUUCUUCUAGAAGAGGUGCUGACGUCGACAUGGAUGCUUUCCAAAAGGAUGACAAGCCAUUAUUCAAGAAGAUGUUUGGUAGAAAGUAA